AUGAGUCCACUACAAUGGCUUUCAUUACUUUUGUUUUACAUUUGUUAUCUUCUAUUUGGCACCUGCGUUUUCUACUAUCAAGAACGAAGACUUGAGACUUUGAGACGCAAUGCUGCUUAUGUUGAUCGUUUAGAAGUGAAUGCUUUAAUGAUUAAAUACUUAUCACCAAACAACACUGAAUUGCAGCAAUUGCUAUUAGAGCGAGUGUCUGAUUAUUGUGAGCAACCGUUGACACAUCCAUCUCAAGAUGAUUUUGUGGCGCCUUACGUUUGGUCAUUUUAUCAUACAUUCUUCUUUACUUUUACUGUAUCCUCGACAAUUGGUUAUGGGAACUUAUCACCAAAUAACACUUUUGGAAGGAUGUUUACAAUUUUCUAUGCACUUAUCGGUAUUCCAGUCCACGCGAUUUUAUUCGCUUAUUUGGGAGAGUUUUGGGGUCGAAUGUUUCUACGUCUUUACGAACGCUAUAAGAAAUUUAAACUUUCAUCAAAUGACAAUUGGGUCCCACCACAGUUUAGUUUGAUUGUUCAAAUUAUACUUUACGUGAUUCCUGCUAUAAUUUUCUUUAUUUUUCUACCUGCUUUUGUUUUCUCUUAUUUCGAGGGAUGGGAUUACUCAAUUUCAGUUUAUUAUUCAUUCAUAACACUUACGACUAUCGGAUUUGGAGAUUUUGUUGCAACAUUUCAACCACAUCAGCCAAGCACAUUUGGCAAUUGGUAUAUUUUUUAUCAAACAUUUAUGUUUGCUUGGUUUUUCUUAGGGCUUGGCUAUCUUAUCAUGGUUAUUGGAUUUAUAAUUAAGGGAUUAAGAAGCAAACAAAUUAAAAGGAUUGAACAUCAACUUGCUAUGAAUAUAAAAGAAACAAGAAAUAAAAUUUGGCAUGGAGUUUCAAAAGAUGUUGGAUAUAUUCGCAAAAUUCUGAAUGAAGUUCAUCUUUUAAAGAUAAAACCAAUUUAUAUUGACAAAAAUGAAGUAUCGAAAAAGUUCUUUGAACAUCGAUCACAUUCUUGUCCCGAUUUGUUUAGAAUCAAUUAUAACGAUGAAAAUGAAAUGAUGAAAAGACGCAGAAAACGAGCAUAUUCCGAAUGUGAAAAAUUAGCUAAUAAGAAUUCCAUAAGUAACAGCAUAACGACGUUACAUCGAGUGCAAUCAGAUUCAAGUUUAAGGUUGAUUGAUAAAGCAAAAACUUUCUCUCGAGAAAAUAGUCAACAGUCAAAUCAAGCAGGGGAUUUCUUGACAAAACUUAUCGUAUCUUUAAGUGAUUACCGAUCUGAUAAAGAAGAACCGUCAAGUUUAUACAGCACAUUCAAUGGAAUUAAUUCACUUGAUGAUUUACAAUUGUUCCCAAGUGAGCAAACUUUCACUUCAAAUUUGUCUUUUAGUGGCUCUGAAAAGGGAUGCAUUACGCCACCAAUUUUAAGAGGUCAACAUUACUUAACGACAUCUGGAGUUAAUUUCCAAAAUCACGAACCACACAUGACGCCGUCUGGUUGGACUUGGUCAGGAAACAACACAAUUCCAUUCAAAGCAGACACAACAAGAACUCGAUUCACGAAGCCUAAAGAAAAUCUUUAUAAAUCAUCCUUUGCAGCAAAAAUGCGGCAUUAUUCAGAAACGAUGACUGCAGAUAUUUCGCAAGAUAAAGGAAGUGACACAGGUUCAAAUAAUUCGACAAUUUCAAGAUUAAAUCCGUUCCGGAAGAAGAAUGCACAAAAGCGAACUUCAAUUGCAUCAACUGCUAGUCCAAGAUUGGAUACAAAUUUUAAAUUUCCAAAAUUAAAACGUCAUAACAGUGAAACAAGCCAAACAAGUCAGAGUAAUAAAUCAACUACUGAUUUGAGAUUUUACCGACCAAAUAAUUUUACACCUCAAAGUGCGAAAGAAGAACAAAACAUGUUGGAAACAACAAGCAUUGCUGAUUUAAUUCGAGCUUUGGAAAAGGUUCACACUGCCACAGUAGAAGCUGAACAAAUGCAGGAGACAUUAAAGAAAGCCACUAAAAUAUUGUCACUUCGUGAAUCACUUUUUUCAAUAAAAUCGCCAAAGAAGAAAAAUAUUCCAACAAAUAUGCGAAGACAAAGCACUCCUCAAUUAUCUACAACUAAGCCUUGUAGAUUACACAGUUCGAUUACAUCACCACAAAAUACUGAAGAGCAUCGUGCUAGAAUUUUGGGCGAUUCAAAUCCUUUCAAUCGGAUGCCACCCCCAUCAUACACUUCAUCACCAGAACCUUUAAAGGAACCUUUAAAACCAGCAUUAAAGCAAAGAUUUAUUGUAAGACCAGCAAAUAUUGAUUCAGCUCCAGGGAAUUGGACAAAUUCUACAACAGUAGCAACAUCACCCACUCAACAACAACUCUCUACUCAGGGAAAAAUAACAUGGUGCCCAACAACUUCUUCUCUUGCCGUUGUGAACGAAGUUCGGGGUUCCGGAAGAAGAAAAUCAAAUGCUUCAAUCAGAGACAAUAAUAAAUAGUUAAAUUUCCAUUAGUUUUAAUUUUUACUUUUGUAUCUACAAUUUUUUAAUUAUGAUUAAAUAAAAUUAUUAUGUUUAAACAAGGAAUCAAUA